AUGGACCUCCUUCAGAAUUCCGUGAUUGCUCCCCUGCAGCCCUACCUGGAGCCUAUUGUCUCCGCGAUCCCUGAACCUGUUCACGAUGCCGUCGUGUCCUUGAUCGGAAAGCCCUGCCACAGCGCGCUCCUCCUCGACCUCGAUGUCACCAAGGACCCUGCCUGCACGUCGCUGGCCAUUUCCAAGGCCCUAGGUCUGGCUAUCGUUGGUGCCAGCGCAGUUGUCAAGAUUCCGCAGAUCCUGAAGCUGAUCAGCUCCCGUUCCUCGGCCGGUGUCUCGUUCGUUUCAUACGCCCUUGAAACUGCCAGCCUGCUCAUCACCCUCUCCUACGGCGUGCGCAACCAGUUCCCAUUCAGCACAUAUGGCGAGACUGCUCUCAUUGCCGUUCAGGAUAUCGCCGUUGGUGUUUUGGUUCUAAACUAUGCUGGGCGCUCUGCGGCGGCUGCGGCUUUCGUGGCUGUUGUCGCUGCUAGUGUGUACGCUCUGCUCUUUGAUCAGACCCUUGUGGAUGCGCAGACCAUGGCCUACCUGCAGGCUGGUGCGGGUGCCUUAGGUGUUGCUAGCAAGGCGCCCCAGAUCUAUACCAUCUGGCGCGAAGGAGGAACCGGACAGCUGAGCGCAUUCGCGGUCUUCAACUACCUCGCCGGAUCCCUCUCUCGCAUCUUCACCACCCUCCAAGAAGUCGACGACAAGCUCAUCCUCUACGGAUUCAUCGCUGGCUUCUCCCUCAACGUGAUCCUCGCCACACAAAUGCUCUGGUACUGGAAUGCUCCGGCGCCCAAGCAGAAGGCUUCCCACACAAAGGUCGCCGAAAAGGUGCCGUCAGCCAAGAGCACUGGAGCAUCGCCCAAGGGAGGCGCAAAGACCCCCACCACCCGCCGACGGGGCUAG